AAUGCCAGUUAUCCGCAUUCCUCUCCUCACGAGCUGUCACGCUGACAGCUCAGGGGACAUCUACACUGAUCAUCAGGGCACUGAUGAUCAAUGUAGCCUCAUCAAUGCCACCUGUCAGUGCCCAUCAAUGCCACCUGUCAGUGCCCAUCAGUGCACAUCAAUGCCACAUAUCAGUGCCUACGAGUGCACAUCAAUGCAACAUAUCAGUGCCCAUCUGAGCUGCCUUUCAGUGCCACCUAUCAGUGCCAGUCAGUGCCACCUAUCAGUGCCGCCUAUGAAUGCUGCCAAUCAGUGCCACCUAUCAGUGCCAGUCAGUGCUGCCUAUCAGUGCGCAUCAGUGACACUUAACAGUUCCAGUCAUUGCCACCACCUAACAGUGCCAGUCAGUGCCGCCUAU